AAUCCGUCGGCAGAGAGAGAGAGAGAGAGAGCCAGACUCACCAGGAGACUCUCACCGCCAGCGCCACCACCACCACCGUCAGCAGCCGACGGCUUUCUUUGAACGGCCCUCGAGAUCUCCGCAUCCCGCGUGUAUCGUAAAGCGUAUGCGUAUUUAAUACGUAGUAGGAAAGAAGAAGGAAGAAAUCAAGAAGCGACGUACGUCCUACCCUUGCAUCCGCAUACGAUGUAGAUCAGUACGGCAACGUAAAUGAGAAGAAGAGGUGUUGUCACUGGCUGGUUCGUUCAUUAAAUUUCCUCCGUCUCUAUCUCUCUCUCUGUGAGGGAACGGCAGACAGAGGAAAAAAAAACAGGAGAAUAAGUUAUUGGGGUUGUAAAUCAGGUGUGAAAAAGGGUGGAGGGUGUGAUUCUGACGGGGAACAGACUACAGAGUGACGAGGGAAAGCGUGUCAUCAGUAAUCGUUUUCUAUUUUGAGUUUGGACAGCGAGAGAGAGAGUGGGCGGGUGUGUUUUGAUGGUGGCUUGGAUGAUUUGAGUGACUUGGGUCGACGAUGGGGUUGGUUGAACAGGAAGGUUUGGGGGUACCACCGACUUCCGCCGACGUUGUCGCCAAUGCGGUGGUGGCACUGGCAGGCGAAUUGGAGAAUCUGAUGUUGGACGACUCCCUUCCUGCCGCCGCCGUCGCCGACAGGGUGGCCGACGACGACGACGACAACGACGACGACGACGGUGAGAGUGAUGGUGAUGACAAUGAUGGCGAUGACGACGGCGAGGACGAGGAUGAUGAUGAUGAUGAAGAUGAUGAGGAAGAGGAAGGUGGGGAUGGUCAGGAGGACGGUGGCGGAGCUGGUAGUUGCGAGGGAGAGAAGGUGAAGGAAGAAGAGGAGAAUGAUAGGAAGAAGAAGAAGAGGAAGAAUAAGAAGAAGAAGAAGGGGAAGGGGAACCAGAAGGGGGCCGAUGAGGGAGGUAGUACCGAUGGUUCAGUGUUUCUGUUCCCCCAGAGACCUAAUGAGCCCGAUUGUGCUUAUUAUAUGAAAAGGGGAAUCUGUAAAUACGGAAUGAAUUGUCGGUUCAAUCACCCGCCGGAGAGAACGCGCCAUCAGCAGGUGGCGAAGGGACAAGAAGGGCUUCCAGAAAGAGUUGGUCAGCGAGAAUGCAAGUUUUACUUGAAGACUGGAACUUGUAAAUUUGGAGGAGCUUGCAGAUAUCACCAUCCUCGAGAAAAAGAUGGUGCUGGUGGGAAGCCGGAGCUUAACUUCUUAGGGCUUCCUAUAAGACUGGGAGAGAAAGAAUGCCCUUUCUACAUGCGGACUGGUUCCUGCAAGUAUGCAACAAACUGCAAGUUUCAUCAUCCUGAUCCAACAGCAAUUGGAGCUUGUCCUCCUGCUUCAGGAUAUCAUCAAGGAGGUGGAUCUUUUCCAGUUCAUCCAGCUGGCACAUCUCAAGCACCUGCAUCAUCAUGGUCUGUGCAGAUGACAUCAAAUGAUUUAGGUGCCUCAGUAGAAGCAUCUCCACCCUUUAUGCCUGUUAUGCUACCACCCCAUCCAGCAGUCUUGCCAAUUCCAGGUUGGAAUGGUUACCCGGCUCCUGUUGCACCAUUGCUGUCUCCCGAGUGGCACCAACAGCCACCUUCAGCUCCAACUGUGAAUGACCAAUCUGCAAGAAAGGCUGACUUUCCUAUGAAUCAGCCACAUGAACCACUUGAUGAUUUUCCUGAAAGACCCGGUCAGCCCGAGUGCCAAUAUUUCCUGAAAACUGGCAACUGUAAAUUUAAAGCGGCGUGCAAGUUUCAUCAUCCAAGGAGUAGGGUCUCCAAGCCAUUGGUUUGUACCCUCAGUCCGAUGGGCCUCCCACUAAGACCUGACCAAACAGUAUGUUUACAUUACAGCCGUUAUGGGAUUUGCAAGUUUGGACCAGCCUGUAAGUUUGAUCAUCCACUGACAUAUGCCUAUCAGAGUCCACUGGCAGCUACCGUUGAUGGCCAGUGUCUACCAAUUGAACCAUCAAGUUAUUUGGAAGGUGGAAGAAGCAUUCCACAUGGUAAUGGGGAAUUGAGUUCAAAGACAUCCUACAUCAAUGAUGCUGUUGUUGGAUCGAGUGAUUAGUGAAGUUGGUUCAUAUCUCCUCGGUUAACCUGAUGGUAGAAAUGAAGAAGGAAUUAUUAAGCAUAUUGGUUGCUCACAGCCACAAAUUUGCUCAAGAGAUGUGAUUUUGGUUCCCUUAGCUUUCCUUCCAUGCUGCCUUUUCGGUUUUUCAUUCCCCGGCAUUGCACAAGAGGGACAUGCAGAGUGUUCUUUUCCUUUCUCAUGUAUUUAUAUCCUUUUCGCCUUAUCUGAACAAAUUGAUAAUCCUUCAAAGUAGAAGGCCUUUUUUCGCUAAUAAGCAUGUAUGUAGCUGCAUUUGCAUGUAGUCAGGGGCCAUGUAACUUUGUUGGUAGGACCAGCCAAUUUCAUUGUAUUUAACACUGAAAAUUACAGUGAUUGAGUGCUAAUGGAAUUGAUUGUCAAGGAA